AUGCGAGCACGAGCUCAACUCCUCCUCGCGCUCCUCGCAUGUUCAGCCUCCGUUCGAGCCGUCUCUCAUUGUGAAGAGGAGACGAGCGCUGGCCUACAGGUCUUCAGACCGUCAAGGAAUGAGUAUGUAAGGACGGGAGAGGUCGACAUCGAGUUCCGAGUCAGCAGGCAGACGUCGAGCAGGUCUCGUUUCUACAUCUUCCUCAAUGACACUGAGGUAGCGAGUGGGAUGAGAGGAGGGGAGGGAGAGAUCAUUUCUCGCUCCAUCCUCCUCCUCGAGCCCGGCAGGACUUCGCUGACUGUCAUACACUCCUGCGACGACGGCGCGGGGGAGGGCCUGGACAAGGAGAAAUACAUAGGAGCCGCCUUGUCCUCCUUCACCGCUGUCGACCCCUCCACAGCUGACAGUCACUUGCUCCAACCCGAUCAGCUCAAGUCGCAUGACAGGAUUCAGGUCCAGCUGCCCGAGCGCGGCUGGUCGGUCGUCGUAGAGUCCUCGCUCGAGAGAGAUCCUGCCAAGUACUCCUCCUCCGACGACAGUAUCGACAUCGACUGCAUGGUCAUUCAGUCUUCUCUCACCGACGUCCCUUCCUCUCCUCCCGUCCUCCCCCCUGGCACUGAGGUCGAAGGAAGAGCUACCUUCAGCGGGCAGCCAGCAGGAGCGGUAACUUGGCCUCCUCUCGGUUAUGACCAUAGCCUGAAGCGCUCGACGUCGAUAUCGAACAUGCACUUUCAGCUAGCGGUCAAGGACAUUCAACGGCCGGGCAUCUACAACUUCACUGUGCUGAUCGAUCUGCGAGACUACGGUAUGGUGGAAACACAACUGCAAUUUGAGUUUGAAGGGACGUUGUCUGAUCCCCUGGAGAAGAACUAUCCCGUCGCUCGGUCGUCAGGAAGACAUGUGGACUUCACAUUCUUGCUGGUCGUUCGUCAGGUCAAGACUGUUCAGCACCCCGUUCGUCUUGACGCAGCUGGAGCUGAUAAUUCUUUCUCUCGUGUCAAAUCACUUCUUCGAAAGUCUUGUGCGGUAGUCGGCAACGCCGGACACAUCUUCGGCUCAAAGUUGGGCGCAGAGAUCGACUCGCAUGAAGCUGUAAUGCGAUUCAAUGAGGUUGUACUUGCUCCAUGGGAGGCUCCAACUGAGAGUUUUGAGGAAGAUGUAGGCGGCAAGACUACCUGGUGGGUGACCGCAAACUUCCCAGGUCUGGGCGGUGAAGAAACCCCGGAGAUCCUCUUCUACUACCCCAACUUCAAGAACGACGUCGAGGACGCGCUGUACUGGGUGGUGAACAGAACGAGGGAGGACAUCUUCUUCAUCUCCCCCUCCUUCGUUCAGUUCGCGUGGAAGCAGAUCAGCGCCAAGGGCCUUGACAAGAUCCCGACCUCGGGCUUCCUCGGCAUCCUGUGA